AAAUUCUUUUGAGCAAGUGUGUCAUGAAAUUGCCAUUCGUUUCUGCUCUAUAUACCUGGUCAGAUAAAACAGAUUUUUCCAAAUACAUAUCCACCGACGUUAGUGUUCGUACAAAGACACAAAUUGGUUUUGUUCCUCUGCAAAUUUUUCAAGCUCAAUAUGUCACUGUGGUCCCAGCUGAAGCCGGUGGAAUGGUGCAAGGCGGUCUACAUGGACUAUCACUCCUGGUCAUUCGUCAAGUGCUCCCUGGCCUUUUGUGCCGGUAUUCUUUUGGUUCGCAGUCUCGACGGUAAAUUGCCGGAGAGCAGUUUGGUUCCCGAGAUGUAGGCCUACAUUCCAUCAUCGUAUCAAAUUGGUAAAGAAAACAAGUUGACUGUAGUAGAUAUCAAGUGGAUUUACAGUCCUUGGAUUACCAUGUAACUCAUCGAUUAAUUGUUGGUUUACAUCGAAUUAAAUAAGUGGUGUUGAAAUCAACAUUUUUCCUUUCCCAA